AUGGUUGCCGCGGAAGUUUUUACUUGCAGGAGGGAUGACAAUGAUGGGCCAUCCGUUGCCACGUGCUCCUUCCAAGCGGAUAUUGCCGCGGAUAGGACGGCACGAGAAAAGAGAUUGUCGAAGCAGAUUAUCGACGCCGUCUACUGCGGGACAGACUCGUAUGGAAGUAUCAGCGAGGAGGAGGAGGAAGAGAUCCUCGAGUCAGGGGGGCACUGGGCGUACGGAGAGAUAGAGAUGGACGGGUUUCAAGCUCUGAUUGAGUACAUGAAGUUGGACGCGAGCUCUGUAUUCUGCGAUCUUGGCUCAGGUCUUGGCAAGUCUGUCGCCUUUGCCUUCAUGGGCUCGGAAUGCAAGGGCGCGAUCGGCGUCGAGCUUUCUGUCACUCGUCACAAUCAGGUGAAGAAGUUGGGAUUUGUGAAGAGCUCGGAUGUGGAUGAGCUCUUGGUUGCAAGAUCAACCGGGAUGCAACUCACCGUCCUUGAUGAUUCGAUGGGAGAUGAUGAUGAUGAUGAUGAUGAUGAUGAUGAUGAUGAUGAUGAUGAUGAUGAUGAUGAUGAUGAUGAUGAUGAUGAUGAUGACGACGACGAUGAUGAUGACGACGACGAUGACGAUGACGAUGCAGUAAAUCGAGAUGGAGUUGACAUUUUGCAGGGGAACAAAGAGAUGCAACUGGUUCAUGCUGAUUGCAACAAGAUCGGAAGUGACCCUCCACAGAUCAGCAUGGACCGUACUACUCAUGUCUACAUGGCGAAUCUGACAUGGCCAGAAGCGAUUGUGGAUGACAUUGGGCACAAACUUGACGCAAACCCGUCGAUCAGGAUGGUCGCGUCCUUGAAACGAAUCUCUGACAAGAGGCUGAGAAGAUUGAAAUUGAGUGACACGUUGUACCUCCCGAUGUCCUGGCAGGAUCGAAAUUCUUUUUCUUACGGUGUCCCAGUCUAUAUUUAUUCAGUCUGA